AUGUCCGCCCCACGACCAGUUUCGCGAUGCCUCCAGCGCAGUUCGUGGGUGCUUUCUCGCUCCCAAGUUCGUCCCGUCCGAUCUAACCUCUCUAUCGCCACAAUCUCAGCUACAUCCUCUAUCACAAGAAGGACGUCCACGACAGUAUGGUGUGGCGGAAGAGUUCCAAUGGCCUCUCGUGCCUUUAGCACUACCUCUAGACUUCGAGACGAUGACCAAGAUUUCGACCCCGCGAGCGUCGAGCGAGAGUCCGACCAAGUUGAUGUCUGUAUUGUAGGAGCUGGUCCUGCUGGACUCAGCGCCGCUAUUCGUCUCAAGCAGCUUGCUAACGAAGCUGGAAACGAGGAUUUUCGGGUCCUUGUCCUGGAAAAGGCUGGCGACCUCGGCGCUCACAUCCUCUCUGGAGCUGUGAUCCAGCCCACCUCCAUCAACGAACUUAUCCCUGACUGGCUCGACGAGGACAAUCCCAAUCGUUUCGAACAUGCCACUCCUGCUGGCACCGACCGUAUGCGAUUCCUCACCAAGAACUCUGCUAUACCCAUUCCAGCGCCUCCUCAAAUGACCAACCAUGGAAAUUACAUUGUUAGCUUGAAUCAAUUCGUAAAAUGGCUUGGAGAGCGGGCUGAAGAGAUUGGUGUUGAGGUUUACCCUGGUUUCGCUGCCUCUGAGGUCGUUUAUGCUUCAGAUGGUUCAGUUAAGGGUGUCGCCACCAACGACCUUGGGGUUGGUCGUGAUGGCAAGCCUAAGGAAACGUUUGAGCGAGGCAUGGAGUUUCAUGCGAGAGUGACCAUGUUUGGCGAGGGAUGUCAUGGAAGCCUGAGCAAGCAGGUUAUCAACAAAUUUGAUCUGCGCAGGGACAGCCAGCAUCAAACUUACGGCCUUGGUGUCAAAGAGGUCUGGGAGAUUGAUCCUGCCAAGUUUGAAAAGGGUCUAGUUGUGCAUUCAAUGGGUUACCCGCUACCCAAAGAUGUGUACGGCGGCUCUUUCAUGUACCACUUUGGCGAGAAUCUUGUUCAGAUUGGUCUCGUCGUCUCACUUGAUUACUCGAACCCUUGGAUGUCCCCUUACCAGGAGUUCCAGAAGCUGAAGCGGCAUCCCUUGUUCCGUGAUGUCCUCGAGGGCGGCAAGUGCAUCUCGUAUGGUGCUCGAGCUCUUAUUGAGGGUGGUUUCCAGUCUAUUCCCAAGGUCGCUUUCCCAGGCGGUGCGCUCAUUGGUGACUCGGCUGGCUUUGUCAACGUUCCAAAGGUCAAGGGCACUCACAAUGCCAUGAAGUCAGGCAUGCUUGCCGCCGAGGCAGCAUGGACUGCUAUUAGCGAAGAGGCCGACGAAGGCACAGUAUUUUUGUACGACUACGAGAACAAGUUGAGAGAUUCUCCCAUCUGGAAGGAACUCAAGGAGGUGCGCAACAUGCGACCAUCUUUCCACACUCCUCUCGGCCUUUAUGGCGGUAUUGUGUACUCUGGCCUCGAGGCCUAUGUCUUCAAGGGUCGUGUUCCUUGGACACUUAAACAUAAGACUCCCGACCACGCUGCUACCCUUCCUGCCGAUAAGGUCCCCAAGAUCGAGUACGAGAAGCCUGAUGGCAAGCUCACUUUUGAUAUCUUGACAAGUGUUUCUCGAACAGGAACCAACCAUGAGGAGGACCAACCCGUUCACUUACAGGUCAAGGACUGGGAUGCUCAUACCGAGUCAACAUACCCUCCUUUCAAGGGUCUUGAGAACCGAUUCUGCCCAGCUGGCGUUUACGAGUACGUUGAGGACGAGUCAAAGCCUCACGGCGUGCGCUUCCAAAUUAAUGCACAGAACUGCAUCCACUGCAAGACAUGUGAUAUCAAGGCUCCUCACCAGGACAUCAACUGGCAGGUGCCCCAAGGAGGUGAAGGUCCUAAAUACUACAUGACCUAG